AUGAAUUGUCUAUUUGAUUGGAAUAUUGAUCAGAAAUUGUCUACAUUGACUGUUGAUAAUUGCACCACGAAUGACGCUAUGAUUAACAUUAUGUUAGAUAAGCUUUCUCUUGGUUCUUUAUUGUUGAAUGCCCGAGUGUUGAGAGAAUUCGCGAUAGUGUUUCAUAUUGGUCAGCAACACCAAAAAAAAGUUGAAACUUUUGAGGCAGUUGCACGACAAAUGAAAAUUCCUUGUGGAAAAAAGUUAUUAUUAGAUUGCAAGACUCGAUGGAACUCUACGUAUCUAAUAAUUCAUACUGCUUUGCUUUAUAAAGAACUUUUUCCUCGACUAAGGCAAAGAGAGCCUCAUUACAGAAGUGUACCGAGUGAGAGUGAUUGGGAAUUGGCUACAGAGAUUUGUGAUAAGUUGGAGAUAUUUUAUGAAGCGACUGAAUUAUUUUCAGGAGCAAAAUAUCCUACUGCCAAUUUGUACUUUCCCAAUAUUUGUGACAUAAAGUUGGCAAUCCGUGAUUGGAGCACAUCAUCUUGCGAUGAAGUCAAAUGGAUGGCGUCAAGCAUGAAGGAAAAGUUUGAUAAAUAUUGGAGUGGUAUGCAUGAAAUUCUAGCUGUUGCAACUAUAUUGGAUCCUAGAUACAAGAUGAAACUAGUUGAAUACUAUUUUCCUUUGAUUUUUGGAGAUGAAGCUCAGGAAGAGGGUGAAAAGGUUAGAGCAUUUGGUCAUAAGUUACUCAAAGAGUACAAAAGACCACAUCGUUCGACAGAAAAUACAUCUUUGUUUCCAUCAUCUUCACAAUCAGAGUCGUCUACUACUAGUGGAAAACAUUCUUGCAUGGCUGGUUUUGAUACAUUUGUUAGUCUUUCUGUUAUUGCUGAUCAUGUAAAAACAGAGUUUGAUGUUUUUCUAGAUGAGCCAAAGGUUGCAAGAGAUUUAUUAGCCAUUCCAGUAUCUACUGUUGCAUCCGAGUCAGCAUUUAGUACAAGUGGUAGAUUUGUGAGCCCACAUAGAAAUAGGCUUCACCCGAAGACUUUAGAAGCUUUAAUGUGUGCUCGAGAUUGGCUUUGGUCUAAUAUUCAUGAAAAUUCUACUCCUUCAUCAUAUUCCGGAGCUUGUGCAAAGUUUGAUGACGAGGAUGUUGACGAAGAGGGAGAAUUAAACCUAGGACAAUUAUUUGCGAACCAGUCGAUCUUUAAGCUUGAUGCAUCUUUUUAUUUCAAAUUCAUAUUCAACACAUUAAUGGCCAUGGGGAAUUCCAGCAACAUUAGCUCAGAGGAAGAAAAUCAAAAAGCAGUCUCAUAA